AUGGCUUCCUCGCACUCCUCCGCCGCCCCGCCGCGAGCCAGGCACGGCUCGGUCUCCAGCAGCCCAGCAGCCCUCGCCCCAGCCCCCCGGCUCAGCACGAGCAGCUCGCUGGCCAGUGCCCGGAGCAGCACCACCUCCCCCGCCCUCACCCCGUUCAGCUCCUCCCACAUGGAAUCCACCGUCACCCGGCUGCUCGUCGCCACCAAGCAGCUGCUCGAGUCGCUCACCGACUGGUCCCAGGGCAAGAUCGACGAGGGCGGCGUCUCGGACAUCUACGUCCGCCUCGGGAACGAGUUCAACGCCGCCAGCCUGGCCUUCACCAAGGAGGGCAUCAACAUGAGCGAUCUCAACUCGGUCCCAGACGAUCUGCGCACCUGUCUCGAGGCCGCCCUGUCCGAGGAAGCCAGCCCGACCACCCUUGACCAGCACCUCCCCCAGAUCCGCCAGAUCGUCGUCCAUCUCCUCCAGGGCCUCAAGGUCAAGCAGGCCAAGUGGCGCGCCGCCAAGCGCCAGCACGAGCACGAGGCCUCCUCCUAUACCUCCACCCGCCCGGGCUCGCUCCGCGACCAUCCCAAUCCGCCCGACAGGCCCCCGCUGCCUCACCCUUCCAUCCGCAGCGGGCCUCGCUCGUUGAAUGCCGCCAGGAGCAGAGAAGAUCUCCGCAGGGUCGCCGUCGUUUCCACCUCCUCACACAGCGACCACCAUCGCUCUCAGCCCAUACAUGCACCCAGCCCCGGCCCCAGCAGCAGCAGUACCACCCACCCAUUCUCCCGCUCCGUAGGGCCCUUAGACCAUCCUAGCACCACCACCACCACCACCACCACCACCAAAUCAAACGACCCCUUACCUGGUACCAGAAGCUCCUACGACAAUCCAUCCGCCGGCCCACCCGUCCCUUCCAAAUCACGCAUGUCUCCCGUCAGCCGUGCCGUCCGGUCCGUUAACGAUUUCUCCGAACGCCUCCGAGGUAACAACAAAGUCUCCCCCCCGCCGCCCGCCCCGCCCCCACCACCCCCAAUACCCCCUCAGUUCGACCCCUCCAUCCCCCGCUCACAUCGACCCGAUCAUAUCCCUGCACCUCGAUCUCCACGCUCAGAAUCCUCAAAUCAGGCCCAAGCAUCAUCGCUCGAGGCCUUGCGAAAGGCGGACAUGCUCCAGAGACGAGCCUCAAAACGAUUCUCAACUUACACCUACAACAAAAUCGCUGCAACCGCCUCGCCCCACAAACGAUCCGGCGAAUCCCAAAACAACUUGGUCCCCAAUGUGCCCGCCUUGCCACGCUCGCCCAUCAGCAUGAACUUCUUACUCCCCCGCGACGAUGUGGAAUCGGCCCGCGAAACCAGCCAAGCGGGCAGAGAGCUACUCAGAGCAUCCAGCAGUCAAAGGUCGCACGAUGGUCAAUCAGUAUCGGACAAGUUGGGCUCCGGCUCUCGGCCAGGCUCACGUGCUACAGAGGUGGAAGAUUCAUUUGACCAAGCCAAAGAUCACAUUUCCACAAUAGCUGAGGAAACACAGCAGAGUAUACGCAUCAACCCAAUGACACCAGAGUCCUCAAACACCUUCUCCAACUUGAUAUUAACACCACCACAUCACAAGAAGCAUGUUGGCUCUUCGGCGAACCUGGCUGAUCAGUCAUGCACGGUUUUCCUACAGCUGGGGCGGGAUGUAAAGAAAGCCAAGCUGGAUUCGACACCGACGAUCGCCUCCUUGAGAGUCUUGUUCAUGGAUCGCUUCCAGUUCAAUCCCGGAUCAGACAACUUCCCUGAGAUCUAUCUCAGAGAUCCCCAGAGUGGAAUUCAGUACCAACUGGAAGACAUGAGCGAGGUUAAGGAUCGAGUAGUUUUAAGCCUAAAUAUUGAUGCACUGGACCAAGUGAAGACCCACAUAGAUUCCGGACUAUCGACUCUGGCCAGGGAAAUCAAAGACUUGAAAUCGACUAUCACCACCCUCCGUCGACAAUCCGUCCCACCUCCACCAGUAUCAACUGUGACCGUCUUGAAAGCCAGCAGUCGUCCUUCGACACCUAUUCAGCCGGCUACUGAUAGCCAAUUCAAACAAACUGCCCGUCAAGUCAUGAAGUCCACUGAGAGCAGCGCGAUACUAAACACCCAAAAAGCCGAGCAACUCGGUGAAUCCAGCUCCCCCCGACCGCCCAACUCGGCGAGCAGUUCAUCUGAUUUGAGGCUACAGCAACUCAACGGAACGUUCAAGAACCAGUACGGCGAAGUACAGGCGCUGCGACGGGACCUGGGGAUCCUGAGGCAGCUCUAUGGGACCUUUACGGGAGAGACGAAGAGUUUGUUGGCUGGCCUUCGUUCUCAAGCCGAAGCUGUCAAGCAAGCCGCAACUGCCAAAGUGGCAUCCUCACGGACAUUCAUCGACGCGGGUAAGGUGAAGCUCGAGAGUCAGAGUCAAGACUUGGUGACCAAGGUCGAGUCGCUACAAGACACUGUUGAAGAUCUCAAGCAGGACGUCACAACUCGGAAGAUGAAGCCCAAGCCAUCGGCGAUGGCCACCGUCUCUCAGUCGAUCCAGACCGUCAAGGCCGAGCUGGAACAACUGACGAACCACAUCACUACGAUCAAGCCGGCAUGGAAGAAGUCGUGGGAAGAUGAGCUGCAGAACAUCGUGGACGAACAACAGCUACUGAACUACCAGGAAGAUCUGAUCAAGGACCUCAAGGAAGAUCUCGAGGCGGUAUCGAAUCUGUUUGGCCACGUGGAGCACUAUCUGGAUGCACGCAAGGUGUCGAAGGUCAAGCCGAAAGAGUUUAUCCCCAUCCUCAGUCCGACCUCGGCCGGAGGACUAAUGACGGAUCCGAGGGGAGGGUUAGAGACGGUAUUGAUGCAAGUCAAAGGACUCGAGCCGAACCAGGAGAGCCGGCUGAAAGCGAUCGAGGCGGCCGAGAAGCUCCGGGCCAAGAACCUGACGGAAGUGCAGAAGGACAACGAGUUCGCCCAAGAGCUCGCGGGCUUUGUGGGCAACAAGAAGCUGAAGAUGACCGGCGGGCACGAGGAGAUCGAGCGGCUGCGGAAGAUCAAGUCCGAGGCCACGUUGAAAGCUAUCGCCGGCACGAGGCCGGCCCCCGACGCCCAGCCGCUCGACGUGCUCCCCGAGCCCGCGCCCCCCAGCCCCCCCGCCCCCGCGCCGACCGCCGCGCCCUCGGCUGAUCCCCCCGACCCCUCCGCCCCGCUCGCGUCCCCGUCUGGCGAAGAGCCUCCGGACACCGCCGCCCCGCCCGGCCCGACAUCCCCCGCGACUACGGACGCCGGGCCCGCGGACUCCUUUGAUCUCUCAUACUUCCAAAACCUUCUCUGCAGCAAGAGGUAA